AUGAAGAGUAAAAAGAUAAGAGGCGAGGCGGAUCAGCAGCAGUUAAGGCGCAGAAUAGAGAUGCGGUACGAGCCAAAUGGGGCAGAGAAGAAGCCAGUGCAGGAGGACCCUUCAAUCCGCGCGAUUAACGUUAAGAAGAUGCUUAUAAGCUACUACAUGAAAACAAUGCAGGCGAAGCGCGUGUACGUUGAUGAGUCUCAAAGGAUGUGUGGGUUCUGCCACACGAAGGAAACCAGCCUGUGGCGCCGAAUUGGGGAUAUAGUCGUCUGCAAUGCGUGCGGGCUGUACUACAGGAUCCACGGAAAGAUGCGGAACAAAGACAUUACGCGAGGAAGGAAGGCAAGGCCCCAGGAGGUGGAGGAGCAGGAGGGAACUGAUGACGAUAAUUACGAGGAGUAG